GGUGCGCGUGGUGUCUGGAGAACAUCGGUUGGAUGCUCGGCUUGAUGGCGGCGAUCACCCUCGAGGCAGGUCGGAAGGUCAGCCUGUUCUAUCAGCCGGAGCCGCUCCCGGCGCCACCGCCGAAGUGGCACGAGCGGGUCCUCCUCGAGCCCGGCUCGGAGACGGCGAUGCAGAAGUGCACGGGCGAGUCCCUGUACAAUGGGGGCAUGGUCUGGUGGGUGCUCACCCCGGACGGGGACGUGUACCCGGAGGAGUUGGCGGCGCCGCCGCUGGAGGGUAUCGCGUACUACGACGACGCGGAGGUGCCCCAUCUUCAGUUGCAAGUACGUCCGCUUCCUCCUCCAGUGGCGGCCAACACCCACGGGUUCCGUGCCGACCGCUCAGCUGGACCUCCUACCCCGCUAUUGGUGAUGAGGGCGAUCUCUGACGCUAGGGUGGAGCAACAUGCGCUGGACCCAGAGGCAGGUGCUGUUCGCGAGGGUCCCCCUCCAGCGCCAGCCGCUGGACGUGUCAUCUGGGUGAUCGGGUCCUCGGCCGACGGUGACCCGGAGGCGGAGAAUGAGUACACCCACGCCCCAGGCGACAUCACGAUCGGCCUGGGCGCCUACUGGUUGGUCAAGCGAGGAGCCAAGUGUUUGAUACUGCAGGAGGUAUUGCGUCAGGACACGGGUAUGAUCAAACUGCUCCGAGAUCAGGAGACCGACGCGAGAGUCAUCCCGGUGAAAUGGAGGUCGGCCCAACAGCGUGGCCGCAACUUCCGCGAGGCCAUCUCGCUCCAGGAGUUCCACGACUUCGGCGACUCGCCGUUGCAGGGUGAGGUGAGCCUUCCUUGGCUGCUCACCGAAGUGGCCCAGUCCUCCGAGGGGAUGGUGACGCGCCACCACACAUGGCUGUCAGCCAGCGGCAUCCCCAGCGGCGACUGCAGCAUCCACGAGCAUUUCGUGAUUUCCAAGGUCUUCGAUCUCGCGAUCGAGCUGGAUCAAUUGAACACGAUGACUUUGACUUCCUUUGAGCUGCUAGGGCGGCGCCUGCAGCUCAUCGAGCAGGCCCACGUGUACAACCCCAGCAAUCCCGACUACAGCAAUUCGGACGACUUCAUGGGCUGGGGCGUCCAGCGUGGCGCCGCCCUGGUGGCGCCGUCUAUCAAGAGGGGGGUCAUGACCCGCUCGCAGGACCCAGUCGCUCCCUUGGAGACUCCGGCGGCUGGGUUCAAGUAUGAGAAGGGGUCUCGCCUACCUGUACAAGUUCCCCGUGACCUCUUCCCUCUUCCUGAGCUCGAGGUCGAACAUCUUCAAGAUCACAGCGUGAGUCGCUCGGUGCAGCGACGAGUUUUGAAGCGGAGUGCUGUGGACGCCGAGGUCAAUCGUACGAUCAAGGCCCUCAAUGCUCUCGAUGGCCAUUUGACGCCAUCAUCUUCCCCGCCCUCGCUGUGUCAGCGAGAGGCCAUCCAAUUCAUUCGUUCAGUGCACGACGCAGCCGAGCCGCCGCAAGGUGACUACGGCUCCGAGGGAGCCGUCCGCGCGCUCCUCGGGACAGACUCCGCGUACGGUGGCGAGUCGACCUUGGUGCAGUCCUACGACCGGAACCUUCUCAGCAUCCCACACGUGGGGGCGGAGCCCGUCCCCGUCAAGGAGAUGCUGCCGCCGAAGGUUCGCUGUUGUCUCGAGGACCUGAACAACAUUCUGCUCGAUGAUCAAGAGUGGGGCGCCGUGUGUGAACGGGCGGAUCCCAUCAAUCUCUACAUGGAUCCGAAGCUUCGCUACUCCAAGAAGGCCUAUUUUCAGUUUGUCCGAGACUGUCACUCGGCCGGCCUUAUCCGCUGGGCGCCUCUGGUACGUGGGAGAGUCACGGUUUUCUGUGUGGCCAAGAAGACGGGCAAGCAGAGGCUCGUGGUGGACUGCCGCGCUACCAACAGGCGCUUCCGGCGGUGCCCUUACUUGCCUAUGGGUACCGGGUCGAGCUGGGGAGAGAUUCUCCUGGAGGACGACGCAGACCUCUGGGUGAGCCUGUCGGACAUCAAGGACUACUUCUACGCCUGCGGCAUCGACGAUGACCUCUCCAGCUACUUUUGCCUCGACGACGUCCCAGGUUGGCUCGUCUCCGAGCUGGAGGGUAACGACAGCCGCUUCAGCCAGUUUUACGGGCGCGACGCCGUUGCGCCCGCCUUCCGAGUGCUCCCCAUGGGAUUCAGCUGGAGCUUCUACCUGGCACAGAUCGUCCACUCCUCCGUCGUCAAGGGGGUGCUCCCGGACACAGCUGGAUUGGUACUUCAGGAUCGCCGGCCUGGCCCGACGAUCGGCGCCCGCGGCCUCGUGUCCUUGCCUUACUGCGACAACCGCGCCACCGGGGCGGGCUCCCCGGAGCUUGCCGACGGCGCCCGCAUCGCAGUGGCUCGCCAGCUCACGGCCGACGGCUUCGCAGUACACGAGGAGGAGGACGCCUCCCUCUGGGCCGAGAGCCUCGGCUUCGCCAUCGACGGCUUGACUGGCGAGGUGGGGCCCACCGCCAAGAGGGCGACCCGCCUGGCCGCCGCGGGCCGAUGGCUUGCGCGCCGCCCCAGGAUCACAGGCGUGAUGCUUGAGCGCUUCCUGGGGCAUUGCACUUUUCAGCUCAUGGGCGAGCGCUCGCUGCUGAGCAUCUUUGGUGCAUGCUAUCGCUUUGUCAGGGUGCAUUAUAAGCAGAAGGUCCGCUUGUGGCAGUCAGCCGCGCGGGAGUGCGAAUGGCUGUCAGCUCUAGUCCGUUUUGCUCGCACCAACCUGCGUCGGCCGUGGAGCCCCACGGCCCACAUGUUCGACUCGUCGGAGACAGGCCUUGGGAUCGUCCAGGGCGUUUUCGACGAGAAGCUCAUCGCCGGUACUGGCCAGUACAACGAGCGGUGGCGUUUCAAGCAGCCUCAUGCGCUCGCGAGGGGCGUGCGUGCGGGAGCUCUCUGGCACUUCCGAGAUGCGAUCGAAAAUGUGGAAACAGUACUCCCUAUCGCACCGCCGACCCCUCGUCCCUGGAAGAGAAGGCGCGGGUUCCCGGAGGUCCCCACAAAGAUGCUCGAGAAGGACUCCUGGCACACCAUCCUGUCAAAGCCCUGGUUUCGGGACGAGCACAUCACCCUGCUGGAGGCCCGUACUGGGAGAUUGGUUUGCAAGUCUCUUGGGAGGUCUGUUGGGAACCGCAACAAGAAGCACCUCAUCCUCGGGGACUCCAUGGGCUCCAUCCUGGCCUUCUCCAAGGGGCGCAGUGGGGAUUACCGUAUGCUGGGUUGUUGUAGAAGUGUUGCGGCUUACACGGUCGCCCUCAAUUGCAAGUUCAAAUGGCGGCUCCCAGCGCCACCGGAGGGCGUGUUGUCCGUCGUUGCAGUAUCGACGAGCUCAUCGAGAUCGGCCGCGCCGCCGGUGGCAGGCCUGCUUCAGCCGCCGAGGGACCACCCUUCGGCGCAGCGGAGUCGCCGCCUGCGGGAGGACCGUGCCAAGGUUCGGAGGGCGAGACACGCUGUCCCAGCGGGGGGUGUGACUCCCGGGCCGCUCCUGCUCAAGAGGGAUCCUCACCAGCUCAGUAUCUUGGAGCAGGCGUCGGUUCAGCCCCAGCAGGCAGCCACAUACAGGGCGACCUACGCCGAGUUCGCCAAGUGGGCUGCGAACGAGGGCAUCUCCUUGCACUCGGACGAGGACGUGGACGCGGCGGCGGUCGACUACCUGGACGCGAUCUACCUGCAGGGCUACGAGGCGUCGUCGGGGGACAAGCUCCUCGGGGCCCUCAAGUUCAUCAGGAGCGGAGGCCCUCGCCCUCUAGCCCUGCCGCUGACGCGGAUGAGGAGGGCGCUGAGGGGCUUCCGCAAGGCCGCCCCCGGCGCCUCUCGCUUUGGGCUGCCUUGGGAAUGGACGGCCGCCAUAGCGGGGACCUUGCUGGCCACGAGGCGGCGGGAUGCGGCCCUGUGCUUGCUGACGGCCCACGAUGCGUAUUCCCGACCUGGGGAGAUUACAGACCUGCAGGUUGGGGAUGUGGUGCUGCCUACGCCCCGCCUCCGGGGCUACCACCGCCUCUGCCUGGUCAUGCGGCCGGAGGAGAGGGGGCAGCCGCGCAAGACGGGGAGCUUCGACGACACGGUCUCGGUCGAGGACCUGGACGCGCACAUCUCAUCCCACCUGGUACAGUUGGCGAAGGGGAGGGACCCGAGCGAGAAGCUGUUCCGCCUGUCGAUCAGCCAGUACAAGGAGGCGUUCGAGAACGCCGCCGACCUCGUCGGGCUGGCCGCCGAGCAGCUCUGCACGUACCAGGUGAGGCACGGAGGUGCGUCGAGGGAUGCCAUGCUGAGGAGGCGCGACCUCUCCGAGAUCCAGAAGCGCGGGGGCUGGAAGACGUUCAACUCCGUCAGACGCUACGAAAAGUUUGGGAAGGUGCAGCAGGCGAUGAACCGCACACCGUCGGACACUCUGACCUACAGCCGCCUCGCCGUGCAGUACCUCGACGAGUGGCUCCAUG